AUGAAAAUAGAAUUAUCACAUGGUCAAGAUGAUACAAGUCACUGUUUUGAAUUUGAUAUGGAUUCAUCAAAUGAAGAAUGCAAUAAUUCUUCUCUUAAAAUCAUUAUAGGACAAACCUUUCACACAUGGGAGGACGCAGAAAAAUUUCUAAAUGAAUAUGAAUUGGAAAAAGGGUUUAGUAUUUGA